AUGGCAUACGGAACAAUAAGCAACGCAAGAAUAUUAGACAGAAUGAAAGCAUCAGCGUGUUCAUGGAUGCGAGAGUGCAAUAUUUCGGAUGUUAUCGUUGCGAUGGGCGUGGUUCUCUGUCUUACCGGGCUGUGUACCCCCAAUAUUUUGAUCUGUGGUAUAUUAUGCAUCCUUUUAGCGGUGCGUGUUGUGAAAGGAUCCCAUAUUUGGGGUACACUCAAUAGCACCAAGGGUAUUAUUCGUGCAGUGAUCGGUCGAACAAGCAUAUUUGUUCAUACUCGCACAACGGGGCACACCGUUGCUCGCAUAAUUCUGCGCAUUCUGAUGCAUGUGAUACCUGCCGUUGUACAGGCUGUGAUUGGUUUCACCGCCUGCACUACAGAUUUAAUUAACAGGUCUAAUGCGGCGGAUAUGAUUAUCAUGGUCGGUACGGCAUGUAUGCGUGCAUGUGGGGUGCGUAUCAUCCAUGAAGCGUACUUUGCUCCUUCACGUGUCGUUAUAUGCGUGCUCAUCUCCCUUGGAAUUCAACGAGCACCUCUAACGCUAUCAAUUGAGGAUGCGUUAGAGGUGCUCUGCGCUUCCAACUGCCUGUUCAGUAGCACAUGUCUUAGCCGUACUGCUGGUGUCGUAUGCCUACUGUUCCAUGCACAGCUAUGCGGUUGCUGUGAUUUUCUGCUUCUCUAUCCACUGAGUCCUAAGGUUUUUCCCAUACCUGGUGAUAGCACCUGUCGCACAUCAUAUCAUGCAUGGAUAACUUACAUUGUAUUUAUAGUUGUGUCUAAUGCAAGAAUGCAUAAACAAUUAAGAAUUAUGGUACGUUAUCAUGCUGUGCACACUCUUAUUUCUUUAUGCAUAUCGUCAGGAAAGAACAUAUACAGAGACGUACUGAACGCGUGCAUAAAUGAACAAUCUAAAUAUGGUUCUAGAACGUUUUUCAACAUUAACAUAAAAAGGAGCACUGGCAUGAUGUACAACGCACAUGGCAAGAGGGCAGUGCUAACAAACAAUUUUGUGGCACAAACGGGUAUAGAUGACACCAAAAACAUGGGAUGUCAAGCUUUUACCGAUUUGGUGGUGCAAAAUAGUUGUUUGAAAGAAUUGAGCGACAAGGGCACGAUCGUAGUUUGUGGAGACAAAAAACGCAAACAUCGAAUGAUAGAAGAUUGCACGUACAUUAACGUAGAAAGAGACGAUGCGUAUGAUGGUAGAGCUGAGAUAGAAACGGAACAAAGAAAUGCAGUUCUCACUGCGAAAUGGAAGGUAACGCAGCGUACACACACCAAGGGUCUAACAGUGCCAUGCAAACGCACCGAAACAAAGAGAAAAAGAGCGCAUAAUAUGAACAUGAAAGACAAAAGAUCGACAUUCAAUGCACCUAUUUGUACUAAAACGAAUAUUAGUCAUGGUAAAUCCAGCAUAGGUGUACAGAACGAGCACGGGAGCAUAAAAGAAGAUAAUGGCAUAGUCUGUCUGAUGAGCACGAAGAAGCGAGAUAAAUGCGUAAAGAAAGGAAUUAAUCUGUUCGAUAAAACAAUGAAUACAGGUGAUAAUGCGCUUAGUGCUCAUGAUUGCCACAACAUGCGAGCAGGUGCCUUAAUGUCCUACAUAAACAUUCUCAUCCUAUCACUGCUCAUACUUCCAUCCUCUUCACAUUACAUCAUGCACAACAAUUUCUAUCUGCAUGCGAUCAAUCGCAAGGUCGUGUUGAGCCGCGACAGAACAUCCUUUAAAAUAGAGAAACACGGUGCUUUCAGUAAGCUACGAGUUCGUGACCUGUAUAUGAACGAGCACAUGAGACUGAACACCAAAGGAUCACAUUUUAUGAUAGAAAGGGUCAUAAAGAAUAGAAAAGACUCAUCCGAUAACCCGUCCAGACGCCAUAGAAAAGAGUAUUAUUUUGCGCUGCGUAGAAAGAACAAGUGCCUGGCCGUGUGUGGCAAUGAACUGAAAAUGUCGCAUCAAUGCUCCAUAUUUAGGUUUGGUACUGCGAACAACUGCGACUUUGAUUUUGUAAGGAUGUUUAGAGAAGGCGUGUUCGUGCAGCCGUUCAGUGAUGCCCUUGUUUUUAUCAAGAAGAUGACCGAGUGUGUGGAUGACAAAGGAUUGAACGGUUGUGGUGUAUCGUAGGGAGUAGUUGAGUAUUGGUGUGAUGCGGUGAAGUGGUACGGAGCAGGUGUGUGAGUAGCGGUUAACAGGGUAAAUAAGAUGGUGCAUUACAAAGUAAGGUAGAAGAACUCUAAAGCAGAGUGCAAACGUGGAGGUGUGAUGAGAUGGAAUAAGGGCAUAGCAAGCACCGUGACAUACGAAAGCAAUUACAUAUAAGCAUAGCACAUCACCGGGCAUCAAAAGGUGCAUUAAUGUAUUGCUGUGUACGCCGUAAACAUUCAUUCUAUGCAUUAACACACCUAUUCGUUGAGAGUAAUGCACAUUUAAACAAAAUUAAACAUUUUUAAAGCUG